AUGGCAUCAUCAUCCUCAAGCAACAGCGCAAACUACGACGUGCCGUGGGUUGAGAAGUACCGACCCAGCAAGGUCGUCGACAUCGUCGGCAAUGAAGACGCCGUCUCCCGGCUCCAAGUCAUCGCUCGUGACGGCAACAUGCCCAACCUCAUUUUAUCAGGUCCUCCUGGAACUGGAAAAACCACUAGUAUUCUCGCCCUUGCGCACGAGCUUCUCGGUCCCAAUUACAGAGAAGCUGUUCUUGAACUAAAUGCAUCAGAUGAUAGAGGAAUAGAUGUUGUGAGGAACAAGAUCAAGAUGUUUGCUCAAAAGAAAGUAACACUUCCUCCAGGCCGACACAAAGUUGUUAUACUCGAUGAAGCUGACAGUAUGACCUCUGGAGCACAACAAGCUUUAAGAAGGACAAUGGAAAUAUAUUCUAAUUCUACUCGUUUUGCGCUUGCUUGUAAUACAUCGUCGAAGAUUAUUGAGCCGAUUCAGAGUAGGUGCGCAAUUGUGCGAUUUUCGCGACUAUCUGAUCAAGAGAUACUUGGUCGUCUCAUGGUUGUGGUUCAAGCUGAGAAGGUUCCCUAUGUCCCUGAAGGACUCGAGGCCAUCAUUUUCACUGCUGAUGGUGAUAUGAGGCAGGGAUUGAACAACUUGCAAGCAACAUACAGUGGGUUCCAGUUUGUUAACCAAGCAAAUGUUUUUAAGGUUUGUGACCAGCCACAUCCACUGCAUGUGAAGAAUAUGGUGCGCAAUGUAAUUGAAGGGAAUUUUGAUGAGGCUUGUUCAGGGCUCAAGCAAUUGUAUGACCUGGGAUAUUCCCCCACAGAUAUCAUAACCACACUUUUUCGUAUCAUAAAAAGUUAUGAUAUGGCUGAGUACUUGAAAUUAGAAUUCAUGAAGGAAACUGGAUUUGCUCAUAUGAGGAUUUGUGAUGGAGUUGGUUCUUAUCUUCAGAUGUGUGGUCUACUGGCCAAGUUUUCUGUAGCUCGCGAAACUGCUAAAGCUCCAUGA